UUGCUCUGAACGACAUUUAAAAAUCUUUUUAUUCUAUAUCAUAUGCAAAGUUAGUUAAUGGCAAUAUGAGGUUGCAUUAUUCCUUGUACUGUCUAACAGGCAAUUCAGGCUACUUGUCUUUUAAUGGUUUAAGAGGUAAAAUAAAAUGUGUUCACUUUCAUUUGGUGCUUUAGAGUUUCAGAUCUCUUUAUUCAGAUGAGUGGCUUUAAAUGUUUGGGUGCCUUUAAAAAUUGGAUACCUUUGAGUAAAUGGAUUCUUUUAAGUAAUUGUAUUGUUUUAACCAAAUGGGUGCCCUUAACCAAACGAGUGCCUUUACAUUUUGAAAUUGGAUCACACUCAACUUUUUGUUUUUAUUUUAUUUUCACACUUGUUACCUAGAUGAAAUCUGUAUAAAUCAAUACACUGGGUAGAUAUACAUAAUAGCACCUAUUUGGUUCUUGCCACAUUUCACCCAUGAUGGUUUGAACAUGUAUAAAUCUGAUACUCGAUGCAAAAAUUAUAUAAGAGCAAAGCUUUCUACUUCAGAAAGUCAUCAUGCAUUGUACUCGUUUCAAUAUUGGCAUUAUUCGGUUAAAGAUACUCUAAUUAAUGAUUCUAACACAUAAUUGCUAGAUAGAAUACGGCUUAACUUUUGUUUUUUUACAACCAAAAAAAAA